AUGGAUGAGACGGGCGAGAAGGUGGGACUAAUCUCGGACAUUGCUGAUGAGCUUUUUCAUGUUCGUCCCGUCUCAGUCGCGAAUACAGCAGACGUCGAACUCAUCAAUAAGUCAGUGGAAACAAAAUUCGAACCUGAAAAGAAAAAAGAAAAGAAAAAGAAGAAAGAAAAGAAAAUAAAACCGAAAGAACGGAAGGCCACCCCACCCUCUGAGUCUACCUCUUCUUCAUCGCCGAAAGAGAAGUCAAGUGAAUCAGCGGCGGAGGAUUCGGAACAUGAGUCAGAGCCCGAACCUCCACCAAAGCCGGAACCGGAAGAGGAAGAAGAGCAGGAGGAGGAAGAGGAGAAGACGGUGUUUGAACCAGAACCAGAUCCAGAACCUGAGUCAGAAUCCGAUCCAGUACUUGACCUUCCCGGGUACAGCUCUGUCACUGUUGCUGACUCCUUAGCCAUAAUUGACACCUUCACGGAAGUGAAGUGGAUGAUGGAGGAGAUUGCGGAGACCUUCGAGAAGGUUGCUGGCAGGCAGGGUCAAAUUCACCGAAGCGCUGACCACCCCAUCCACGUCAUCACCACACGUCACCCGAUGAUAACAUCAGCCAUUAACGAGCUGGAGGGCAGUAUCCUCGGGUUUGGAGAUGAAGUGGAAGCC